AUGUUGCGCAAAGUGCUGCCCAACGGAGACGCAGGAGGCGUCGAGAUCGACCUGCUCUCGUUUCUCCCGAUCGGCCGGCCCAUCACGGUGGGCAGGACGGAGCAAUGCGACAUAUGCUUGACGGCAUCGCACAUUCCCACCAUCAUCUCGAGGCAGCAAGCACAGCUCCUCGUGCGGGGGCCGACCGUCACCCUCAUCGACGGUAACUCCACCAACGGCACGUGGGUGGACGAGCAACGCCUCGGGUACGACCACCGGGAGGGUACUGUGCUCGGGCACACGUCGUACGUCUCGUUCGGCGGCCCCGCGGAGUUCGAGCGGAACAACACGCUGUACCAAAACCCCUUUCGGUUCCUCUUCGACGGCCUCCGACUGCACGUGGCGAUCCGGGCAUUCAACCCGAUCGCGCUGACGCUGAUCGACGCGGACCGGGACGGCGAGCAGGCGCGCCAGACGGACUUCCGCGGCCUCAACGCGAUGCACGUGGCGGCCGGCGUGGGGAACGACCGCGUGGUCGAGCGGCUGCUGCGGUUCUCCGACCUGGUCGAGGCGGAGACGCCGCUCGGCCUCACGCCGCUGCACUUCGCCGCCACGAGCGGGAGCGUCGUGUGCAUGCAGCUCCUGCUCGAGGCCGGCGCCGACGUGUCGCGCACGGACCGGGCCGGCUACACGGCGCUGCACCACGCCGCGCGGUGGCUCGGCAACGACGUGCCGUCGCAGAUCAUCGAGGGCGCGUGCCGGAUGCUUCUCGGCCCGAUCGGCGUCAACAACGCCGCCUUUGCGGGACCCCUGCCCUCCCCGCUCCACGUCGCGGCGGCGAUGGGCAACUCGCAGGCGGCGUCGGUCCUGUACGCCCUGAACCCGCUGCCACGCCGCGAAGGCGUCGCGUGGCUCCGCACCGACACCGGGCGCUCGCCGCUGCAUUACGGCGCCGCGUUCGGGCAGGCGCGCGUGAUGGCCUUCAUGCUGCUGCUGAUGCAGCAGGACGGCGCGCUCCCGGGCGAGAUCGACGCGACGGACGCGCAGGGCUUCACGCCGCUGCACCUCGCGGCGCACGGCGGCCACGAGCACGUGGUGCGGCUGCUGGCGGUGCCGCAGGGCGGCCAGCUGCUGCGGGCCAACGCCAACCUGACGCCGCGCUCGCGGUCCGGCGCGACGCCCGUGUACCUGGCGUUGCUGCGCUCGCACGCGCGGGUCGUGGCGCUGUUCGAGAAGCAGGGCGUGCAGUACGACUACUCCCUCGGCGACCCGUUGCCGCCGAUGGAGGGCACCGAGGCGCAGCACCCGUCCUUCAUCGAUCCGCUGGACGAGCGGCGCAUGGCGUACUUCAGCCAGGACCUCGUGCGGCACGUGGACUCGCUCGGGGCGGACCCUUGCGCCGCGGUGGUGCGCGCGGCCACGGGGCAGCCGCCGCCGGCGCAGCCCGCGCAAGCGCCGCAGAGCGACGCCGCGACGGACGUGCUGACGCUCACGCAGGCGCAGCGGCUGCGGCACCAGAUGGCGAGGGCGGACAGCGGGGCGGCGAGCAUCGUGUCGGCCGCGACGUCGGCGUCCGGCGGCACGGCGUCGAUCGGGCCCGAGCAGGCGGUGCGGUACGACCCUGCGGCGAUCGCAGCGGCGACGCAGCGGCAGACCGUGCGCGUGGCGGCGUCGUUGACGGCCGCCACAGAGGACCUCGAGGAGGCCUCGAGGCCGCCGGAUUCCCAGCCGGGGGCGCCGGCCAGCGCGGCCAACAUGUCGCUCGCGUCGGGCGCGAGCCGCGGCACGACUGUCGUGAACCAGCUGGCCAACCAGGUCGAGACCCUGCUCAGCGAGACGGCCGUGCCUUUGCAGGCUGCCGACCUCGACGCGCCCAGCGCCGUCGGCACGCAAACGAACCAGGACGUAAACGCGGACCCCACGCGCGCGGACCAGAUGCGCGAGCAGGCGGCGGACGGCAACCCCGUGGACCCCCUCCCGCCCGGCGACGGCCUCAACGAAGAUACGCUGGACUACAGGGACAACAUGGAGGUCGACACGCAUGGCGCAUCGCUCAUGCGCAGCUACGGAUCGAACGACCACUUGCAGCCAUCGUCCGUGGGGCCGGUCAACUCCUCGCUCUCGCCGACCGCCGCGCCUUCGGACUCUCACGACACGGCGCAGACCGCGCCGUCGGCCAGCAGCGACGAGCUCGCGAUCGAGAUGCUGACGAGGCGCCUGCGGCACUCGGCGGCGCUCGGGGACGACAGUGUCGCCGGGUGA